AUGGGUGCUAUCCUUGCCGUACCUGCCCUCCUCCUCCCAUCCGCUGCAACACUAUGGUCAGUCGGAGCAUCAUGCUGUGGAGCAGCCUCUUGUUCCAUGCUGUGCGGACCAUGUGGCAUGUCUAAAUUCCGAUCCUCUAUCGCCACCAGAAUCGCAUACGCUAUGAUUCUUUUGGUGAACAGUAUUGUUGCCUGGGUCAUGCUCACUCCUUGGGCUAUUCGGAAACUUGAACAUCUUACUUUGGAUUACAUGACUUUCAAAUGCGGCUCCUCCAACUGCUAUGGCUAUUUCGCCGUCCAGCGUAUCAACUUUGCCCUCGCACUGUUCCAUUUGUUGCUCUCCGUUCUCCUCGUCGGCGUCAAGAGCACCAGAGACACUAGGGCCGGCCUACAAAAUGGCUUUUGGGGUCCCAAGAUACUCGUUUGGCUUGCUUUUGUCGUCAUCAGCUUCUUCAUUCCCGAAGGUUUCUUUCUCUUCUGGGGCAAUUACAUCGCCUACUUCGGUGCCAUCCUCUUUGUCCUUCUCGGCCUGAUCCUUCUGGUUGACCUAGCGCAUACUUGGGCAGAACUCUGUCAAGACAAGAUUGAUCAAGGAGAUGGUCCAAAUUACCGCCUCUGGCAAGUCUUACUUAUGGGGUCUAGCCUCGGCAUGUAUAUUGCCGCCAUCGCCAUGACCAUCAUCAUGUAUAUCUUUUUCGCCAAAAGUGGAUGCAGUAUGAAUAUCUCGGCCAUCACUAUCAAUUUGGUCUUCCUCUGUGUCAUUACCGUCCUUAGCGUUCAACCCACUAUCCAGGAAGCCAAUCCUAAAGCAGGCUUGGCCCAGUCUGCCAUGGUCGCCGUCUACUGCACCUACCUCACCUUUUCCGCCGUAUGCAUGGAACCUGACGACAAGAACUGCAAUCCUCUUGUUCGUGCUCGAGGCGCAAGAACCACCACUAUUGUCCUUGGCGCCAUUGUUACAAUCCUCACAAUCGCCUAUACCACUACUCGAGCAGCCACCCAAGGAUUUGCCAUCGGAACUAAUAACUCCGCGAACAAGUAUGCUCAAUUGACGCAGGAUGAGAAUGAACAUGGAUUGGUUACUCAACAACCUGCUUCGCGUAGGGAGAUUAUGCGAGCUGCAGUCGAAAGUGGCGCUCUUCCAGCAUCAGCCCUUGACGAGGAUUCAGAUGACGAAGAGGAGGUCAGUACAAAAGGAGGAAAGGACGACGAGCGACAAGGAACCCAGUACAAUUACACCCUUUUCCACAUCAUCUUCUUACUGGCAACUUGCUGGGUUGCGACUCUGUUUACACAACAGAUGGACCCAGAGCACAAGACCGACUUCACACCUGUUGGUCGUACUUACUGGGCCAGCUGGAUCAAGAUCAUCAGUUCUUGGGUAUGCUACGGUAUCUACAGUUGGACGCUCGUGGCGCCAAUUGUGCUCGAAGGACGGGAGUUCUCAUGA